AUGGAAGGGUCCAACGGCUCCAGCUUUGGGAUUGACUCGAUUUUAUCUCACAGGCCAGUCAGCCCUGUCUUACCCAAAGGAGAUCCGUUGAUGGGCGACUGCAGGUCCCCCCAGGAGAUGAAGGCUGGCCUGAGCCCAGUGUCGGACGUGGGCAGCGAGCAGAGCUCGCCCGCCUCGCCCGGCCUGGAGUGCGGCGAUGGGGUGGCGCAGCUGCCGGGGGCCGCGGGCGGAAUCGAGUCGCAGCCGCGCCCGGGUCAGCUCUGCGCCGCUCCCCAGCCCAGGACUGCUACCUCCUCCUUCCUUAUCAGAGACAUUCUGGGCGAUUGCAAACCUUUGGCUGCCUGCGCCCCGUAUUCAAGCAGCGGCCAGGCAUCCCAAGAGCCGUCUCACAAACACGGAGAAGAACUCAAAGACAGGCUGGACAAAAGGGAAAACUCAUCCUCAGACACGGAAUACAAAGUCAAAGAAGAGGCAGAGAGAGAGAUCUCGAGUAGUCGGGAGAGCCCGCCUGUUCGGUUGAAAAAACCCCGCAAAGCCCGCACAGCCUUCACCGAUCACCAACUUGCCCAGCUGGAGAGGAGCUUCGAGAGGCAGAAGUACCUGAGUGUGCAGGACAGGAUGGAACUGGCGGCUUCCCUGAACCUGACAGACACCCAGGUCAAAACUUGGUACCAAAACAGGAGGACGAAGUGGAAAAGGCAGACGGCGGUGGGACUGGAACUGCUGGCAGAAGCUGGUAACUACUCGGCCCUGCAGCGCAUGUUCCCCUCACCUUACUUCUAUCACCCCAAUGUCGUUUCCAACUUGGAACCGGCCGCCAUGUACAUGUACCGGGGCCCGGCCGCUCCUCACCCCGUCAUCCAGCGACCCAUCGUCCCGCGGGUGCUCAUCCACGGACUGGGGGCGGGGGGCGAGCAGCCGCCGCCUCUGCCCGGCCUGGCGGGGGUCCUUCCUCGGCCGCCGCAGCCACGGUGA